AUGACUUCAUCCAAAUUCGCCGUGGUAAUCUGUCAUGGAUCCUACCACACCCCAGCUCCCUAUCAAGCCUUAAUCGACGCGCUAGAGGCACACGGGAUCGAAACUCAUUGCCCCCAACGACCAACCUGCGACCUAAAAAAUCUCAACAUCGGCGACCCGAAAAACCCAGACUUCGAUCGCCCUCCACCAGAAAACGGCUACCCACUGGCCUCGGAAGAUGCCACCACAGUCGGGAAUGUCAUCGAUAAACUGAUCUCCGCGAACAAGCUCGUCCUUCUUGUAGCGCAUUCAUCUGGUGGCUGGGUAGCUUGUGAAGCUGCAAUAUCAGCACGCCAGGCACCAGUCCGUAAAGCACAGGGCCAGAGCGGCGGUGUCAUUGGGAUUUUCUUCGUGGGAGCAUUCAUCAUUCCACUUGGAGAAUCCAUAGAUUCGUUUUUUCAACCUAAGGAUGGCCUGAUCGUGACCCCUAUAUGGCUUCAACUUUAUGCAAGUCCAAUGUUGGAACGAUAUGCCUGUGAAGGGCAGAGCAGAACAAAGCUAAUGAAACUUAAGUACGGACACGAAGGAGUCGGAACAAUUACAGAUCCCGUGAAGUACCUGUUCAAUGAUAUUGAGCCUGUUGAAGCAGAGAAAUGGGCUGCCGCAUUGUCAGCUGCACCAAUCCCGAGAAGUCCCUUGACGAAUGAUUUGUAUUCCGGGUUGCCAUGUGCUUACUUGGUUCUGGAAAAUGACAUGACCUUACCCAAGCAGUACCAGGAAGGGAUGAUUGCUGCUCAUAACGCGGUGAAUGAGAAACAAAUCUCUAUCCUUCGAUGUCAGGCUUCUCACUCGCCACACAUUAGCUGGACCGUUGGACUACGGGAUGAAAUUGAGAAAUUUGGGACACAGGCUUUGGCUGAAGUUUAA